AUGAUACUGGCUUUAUCACCUUACACGAUGACUACACCAAGAUCAUCUUCUCCUUUGAAUCCAAAUUCACACGUCUCAUCUUCAUCACCAUUAUCAUCACCCACACCAUCUUCUUCGGCAUCGUUUUCAUCCUCACACACUAUCACGAGAGGAUAUCAAGCAUUCCAACUACCUUCAUACAGAUCGUCCACGUCGUCACCUAAUUCUUCGAGUCCAAGUUCACGUCAAACUAGGUAUACGAGACCAUCCAAACGAUCCAGUACGAGUUUACCUCCUUCCUCGAGCUCGACAGGGAAUGAUUUGUUCUCGGAAGGAACGACUCCUAUGGAAGGCUUGAUGUGGAGGGAGAAAUUUACUAGAAGAGUAGAAGAAAGAGAAAAAAGAAAGAUCAACAGGAAUAAAGAAUUGGAUAAACGAAGAGGGAUGGAAAAGAGAUUGAAUUUUGAUCAACAACAGGAAGAAGAAGAAUUCGAUCGAAAAGCCCAAGAAGAUGAUGAAGAGAUAUUCCGUCGUUUGGUUGUAUUACAAAGGAAGAAAUCAAAACAUGCAGCAAUGGUUUCACAUGAAUUAGAAACAGGUGGAUCUGAUCCUACUUUACCUGAGUUCUGGGAAGAUGAAUUAGAUAAUCUAUCGAAACAGGAAAAAGAGUUAUUGAGUAGAUUAGAAGGUUUACGGGAUAGGGAUACUCAUCAACACUUUCAAAGCCGAAUCGAUCAAGACCAUCAGCAUCAACCUGCAAUGGAUCACCAUACGUCCUCACCUUCAUCCAUGAACUGGAGAGAUAAUCGUAACGAAAUUGAUGAAUAUGACGAACAGGAAGAAUGGGAAAAAGAAGCUACUUUAGCAGAACAAGUUGAACGUGACUCUGAAGAAAUAGAAUUCGCAGAUCACGUCGAACAAUCUUACCUCGCAGGAGAACAGGUAGAUCAAGGUUUGGAAAAUACGAAUACGAAUACGGAUACGGAUACAGGCAUGGAGAUGGAAAUGGAUAUAAAUAUGGAAGUGGACUGGGAAGCAUUCGAUUCUAUGGACAUUGAAUGA